CUGGUCUGAUGUGGUCUCCAUAUGAAAAGCGCUGUGAAAUGUCCCCUUCUUUUGCAUCUGUACAGACAGAAAAGAUGUCACACAGGUGAAGGUGUGUCUCAGACAGAGUUGAGGCUUUUCCUAAACUGUCAAACAUAUUUUUACAACACUAAGAGGUGCGACAAGCCGAGGAGCCCCGCGACGUCAGCGCUGUGUGAUGUGCCCACAGCGAACACGGUCGUCGUUACAAAUGACCUCCUGUUGUUACACAGCCAGCCAAUAAAAGCCUACAAGGAUCCAGUGGACUCUCUGCGCCAUCUUGUUUUUCCCCAGGUUCAGGAUUUCCUGACCAGGUUUGAGAGCAUCCCGGACAUGUUGGAGCUCGACUGCCUCACUGUGUCCGGAGAUGUCACCUUCGGAAAGAACGUUUCUCUGAAGGGAACCGUCAUUAUCAUAGCCAAUCAUGGCGACAGGAUCGACAUCCCUGCCGGAGCAGUGCUGGAGAACAAGAUCAUUUCAGGAAACCUGCGGAUCCUCGACCACUGAGGCCUUCUGGGGGAAAACGAAGACAAACAGACGAAGCCAUCUGCACCUUGAAGAGACUCAAAGAGAUAAUUUUUCUUCUCUACACUGAUGAACAGCCACUGCAGAAUCUGAAUCCACUGUGUGUCGUCUGCUUCUGCUGUCAGAUAACCUAGUACAAUAUGGGUCAGCUGAGUGUCAUGUGAUGUUUGGACUCUCACAGAAACUCCUCACAAAUUUCAUAUCAGAGUUUUGGGAUUUUUUAAUGUCAUAUUUUGAAUUAGAUUUAAAAGUUUUCAUCCUCUAGACUGUUUAUUGGUCUCUGAUUCAGACGGAGGAUCAUGGUUGUGUGAGGAUUACAAAUACUGACGAUCACUGACAAAUGAGUUACUAAAGUCCUAAAGAAUAAACUUUGGAGGUUAAAGAGGGGUUAAAUUACCUUGACCGUUAUUGGCUGGCACCUGGAAUAGAUGAGCUGCUGGGUCUUAGUAGCACACUCUAAAAAAUAAUCCACUGGUUCAACUUUAAAAAAUUAGGGUAACAGUUUGCAUGCAUCUUCAUAAGUAGUUCCAACUCUGCCAUUUAUGAGUCAGUCCUUUGAGUUUUAUAUAAUCCAACAAACUUCAUUAGUUUAGUACAACCAACAUGAUUUGCUUUAACCCUAAAAAGAAAACUUAAUUAAGUUGAAUCAACUUAAUAUUUAUGCAAAAGUUGUGAUAUUUUGUAGACAAAUUAUUUUAUUUAAGAUAUUCUAACUUAUUUAUUAUAAUUUCAUGCUAGUCAAAAAUGUUUUUGAUUUUGACCAUCUUAAAGUAAGUUGUCAACUGACUAAAACACACUGAUACAACAAAUAUAAUCUUUUAAUGAAAAAAAUAAAAUAAAACGUUUUUAGAGUGUAGUCACACGUGCGCUCUUUGGAUAAAUCGGGUUUACUAUUCGAUCUUGUGAGGGACUCACUGCAUGAGUAAAGUAUACUCUCAGUUAAGAAAUCUAAAAUGCAAGUCUCCAUCAAAAACAAUCCAAGGCACACUGUAGGGUUUUUGAUUUAAAGAUGGAAUAUCUCUCUUAGUGUUACCACAUUAAAUGUGCCAACAGACUGUCAGAAAACAACUUCCUAAAAGUUGUUACUUUCUUUGGCUUCAUGUGAAGGUGAUAAUUAUAACGGUAAAAACUGUUGUUGGCACUUUUUGAAAGUUGUGCGCAGUUCUGUGGGUUGGAGGAAUUGUUGAAGUUUUGCAUAAUGCUGUUGCGUGUGUUAAAUGUUGUGCAUAUAGGCCUACUGUUUAGCUACGCUGUUGAGAUGUUGUACAGAGACAACACCCAUACUUGCACUCCAUUAUCUGAUUUUUGUACUGCUUCAUCACCAUAUUAGACAAUUUUAUGACACACAAAUGAAAUGCAAGUUCAAGAUAAGUUUUAUUGCACAAUUACAGCUGAAGUUUUUGGUUUGUCUCUGCAUGUCAGCAAUAACGGCCUCCCAUGGCAAGUUCUCACAGGGCAUCACACCCCUUCCGCCAGAGCUCUGACAAGUAAUUAACAACUAAAAAUGUUCAUCCUGCACUGACCCUAGUCAAGAGAGGAUGGGCUGUGGCCAAACUAUCACUUCCCCUUCUGCUCCUCAUACUAAAACUCAACGGUUAGAAUUUAAAAAAAAAAAAAAAAGUGUUGUUGUGGUUGAGUAGGUGCUUUGUGAAGCUUAAAUUCAGCAGCCUGUUUUACCAGCAAGAAAGAAAGGAAAUGAGAGGAGGAGAGGAGGAAGUUGCUGUUCACUAGCGUAAUCCCUAUGGAGCGCCAACAAAAACAACACCAUUAACAGUAUUUAGUCAUCAGGUAAGUAUUUGUGCUGUAGAAUGUGGUAUAUCACUCAACAGAGGAAUAUGGAGUGGGCAUCAGAGGAUUCUUAAGGACUUGUUUUACUGCUUUUUACAGAUUGAUUAAAAUGUUCUGCACCACUUUUACACUAAAGAGUAUUUGGUGCAUUCCUUUCAAUCCAAAUGCAAUAGGUCUGAUAUGAAAGUAUUAUUAUAGAAGCAAGCAGCAACAAAGUGACUAUUAAACCAAAAGAAAUAAAAGUUAAGCUGUAGUGGAUUAUCACAUUUUUCACAAAGCAAAAAAUUCAAUGUGUCUCAUAAAAGUUUCUGCUCAGUUUCCUCAUUCCUCAAACAGUAAGUGUGCACUGGGUGAGACCUCUGUAGAUUUUGGUGCAUUUAAUUUCAUGUAACUUUGGAAGACACUUGAUUUGUUGAAGCCUCAUAGUAACUUCAGAUACAUGUCAGACAAAAACUGAGAAAUGUGGACUUUGUCCUCCAUCACUUACACUGCAAAAAUAUUAGACAGGGAUCUUUUAAUGGGAAGUAUGCAUUAUUAUAGUAAGCAUGUUUCAAUAUGAGCAUGUGAGUGUUUAAUGAAUAAAUGCAAAUCUAUCUAAGAGCUAAGAAAAUCAUCCAGAAUAUGGAAAGGAAGAAAGAAACAGAAAGGAAGAAAGGAUAAAGAACAAAGUAUUUAGGAUAAACUGGGUUAUAAAGACAAUUUAUCACUGGGCUGGACCGUGUAGGCUACAUAAAACAUCUCUGACGCAUCAGCAAGAGCUUACUACAGUAACUCAGUAGCUCUAGUAGAACAAAUACCUCGACCUCAAGGCUCCCAAUGGCACACUGUUUCCUUCCACAGGAAAGAAAAGGGCGUUGCUUGGUGUGAUAAGCUCUUACUUCCCCACUGACAGUGUUCUGAAGAGAAUUAUCACUGUCCUGCCAUUUGAUGUACGCAGACUUGAUUUUUGCUCCCAAGAAACUUACUUUUCCCUGCUGCAGACUGUGCAGAUAGAAGAUAAGAAGAGCCUAUUAAAAUGUGGGACGGAGGAAAACUGCUCAUUGCUGCAAUCGUUGUCACUGGUCUUUUCCACAAGGUGACAAAUUUAAAACUGCUGGACAUGGCCCCAGAUGCUGUGGAUGACCUGUACGAUGGAUGCCGUCAAGAGGCCAUGGAGAAGUUUAUCAAUUCAGGCUUGUUAGGACAAGAGCUGAACGCCAGUGCAGGAUUCCAGCAAGCAUGGAGUGCAAAUAACCACUGUCAAAAGCUGAUCCCUGGAGGAACAAAAGACCAUACUGCAGCACUUCUGACAUAUGCCAAUGCAGAUGUGGGUUUUAUAAAGACCUUUGACGCUGCCGUAGAGACAAUGGGCGGAAAUGCAAGCACCUAUGAAAACCAUUUCCAUUUCAAGUCCCUUCACUUCCUGCUCAUGGACUCAAUGUCGCUGCUGAAUCCAAAGAAAUGCGAGACUCUGUAUUUUAUUCACGAAGGUUACUCAGCACCAGAGGGCUCAAAGGUGAGAUUUGGAAGCUUCAUUAAAGUCCAUUCAAGCUAUACUACGCUAAAGGAACUGGAAGAUUGGGAUGGGCAAGUCAUCUUUAAUAUCACUACUUGCUUCUUUGUCCACCUGGGAGCGGACAUUUGCAGUGGAGACCAGGACAUGGCACUCAUAUCUCCAACUGAGGUGUUCACUGUGCAGAAAGUAGCUAAAGUGUCUGACAGCAUUAAUGACUCUGAAUACACUGUGAUCGUUCUGAACCACUCAGCACGGAACAGCACGCACAACUGUUACAUUUCUUCACGGUCCCGGGCUUAUGUCUCCACCCAGUGGCUGGUGUUGGUGCUUGUGGCUUCAUCUCUUUUUUUCUUUGUUGAGAACAAGUGAGAAAUAAUGAGCAGCUCCAACUGCACUGAGAGUUGUUGCAACAAAAAACUCUGCUUUGUUUGUACAAAUUUGUGGUCAUGUACAAAUUGAUUUGCUGUGAUGUCUGCAAUUAAGGUGCGACAGGCUUUUGUAGGUCCGCUGCAAAAAUCAUCAUCAUAUCGCUUUUUUUUUUGUAAUUACUGCAACCACAAUUGCUUCCUGCCUAUCAGCAGAAUUAUACUUAUAUCAGUAAGAUAAGGGGAAGUGCAACAAAGGUGGCAUGCAGCUUCAACUUUUUAGUCAGCUUUUAAAUAUGGGAGUUGAGCUUUACAUAAACAAAUAAACUGGUUGAUCAUG